AUGUCAGUGGAGCGGAGCGGCGGCAGCACCGCAGACGGAGGAGGGUUUUUGCCACGAGUCGUCCCAGGAACUAAACUGACAAUCGUGGUGGGAGACACUCAUUUCUCAGAGGAAAAGUCUCUGCUGCUGCAGAGCUGCGACUAUUUCCAAGCUCUGUAUCGCUCUGGAAUGAAGGAGUGCCGGCAGGAGGAAAUCCACCUCAGAUGUCUGUGCGCUCGGGGCUUCCUCACGGCCUUGGCGGUGUCGCGAGGUGAGAGGCCGAUCCUGGACGCCGACCAGAUCGCGUUCCUGCAGGCGGGGCCCCUCGCCAAACAUCUUGUCGACCUCAUCGACUCCGACAACUGCCUGCUCAUGUUUCACACCGCUGCCACUUUUGGCCUGAUGAGCCUCUACCACGCCGCCGCACUGUUCAUCAGAAACAUGUACCGCGACCUCGAGGGCGAGAUGAAGAGAACCUUACCACCGGAGCUCAUCUCCUACGUGGAGUCCUUGAGUCCCAGCGUUUUCAUGGCUGUAGGGGCGCACGUGACCUGCAGCGGUAAUGACACCGUGCACGCUGCCUCCAGGACGGUGUGCUACCUGGAUGAAGACAUGAAUAACUGGAAGGUGUUAACUGAUUUGCCUCUGGAGGCCAGCACCUCGAUGGCCGGAGUGACUGUUCUAGAUAACAAACUCUACGUCAUCGGAGGCGUCCAUGGCAUCCACAGACGCGUCGUGGAGUCUUGUUUCUGCUACGACGUCGAAGACAACGCCUGGAGCACGAUCCCCGGUCCAGCACAGCUGCGCUACAAUUUCACACUCAUGGGUCUGGAUGGUCAUCUCUACGCCAUCGGGGGCGAGUACGAGCGAACCGUUAUGUCGUCUGUGGAAGUGUACGCCGUUCAGAGCGGGCGAUGGACGUUGGCCGCUCACCUGCCUCGGCCGGCGGCAGGAGCGGCGUGUGCGAAAGCCAUGAGCCGGAUGUUUGUGUGUUUGUGGAAGCCGAUGGAGACCACAGAGAUCUACGAGUACAUUUCAGGAAAAGACGAAUGGUCACUGGUGACCACGCUGAUCAGGCCGCAGAGCUACGGCCACUGCAUGGUGGGGCACCGGGACAACCUCUACGUCAUGAGGAACGGGCCCUCUGACGACUUCCUGCGGUGCAUGAUGGACUGCUACAACCUGACCGCGGGCCAGUGGUCGGCCCUGCCGGGACACUUCACCAACAGCAAAGGCGCUCUGUUCACGUCGGUGGUGCGAGGAGACUCGGUGUUCACGCUGAACAGAAGCGUGACGCUGGAAUACGCCAUCGAGGGGAAGAUAUGGAAGCCUCGAGGCCAGAGGAAGGGUUUCCCGAGGAGCGGCUCCGUGUGGACGUUCCUGCUCCGGCUGCCACCUGGUGCACCUGGCCAGUCCACAGGUGUGUCAGCUGGCAUUAUCCUCACUCUCCUGGAGCAGCUGCAUCACUGCGGCUGCGACUCCUCGGCGCAUUUUGUUUGGUUUAGUUAG